AUGAUAGAUGAACAUCUCAUUACCACCGAUCAUGUCGGCAGUACACACAGUGGAACCCAUUUCAGCGACAAGUCCACGAUAUCAAACCUCGGCCUCCGUAACCCGCAAAUCUCAAAAAUCACCAUCUGGCAAUAUAGAAAUAAUCAUGAUUUCAUUGGUUGUUUGAAGGUCGACUACAAUAAUCAGGAUAAUGGUAUCGAACAUGGAGCCGGGAAAGGCGGCACGAAGACGGAGAUCACCUUGGCACCCGGUGAGUAUAUCGUCACAUUAGAAGGUGAUUUUAGUGGCGGUGCACUAUCCAAAUUUAAACUGUCUACCAACAAAGGACAUGUAUAUGGCCCGAUUGGUGGGUACAGCAAUGGUGGAAGUGCGUUCAAUUGGAGCUCAUCGUCCUUCACAGUGGGCCCAGAAAUCAAGAAGACUCUGGGCCUGCAUUAUUUCACCGGAACCUGUGAUACAGAAUAUAUAAGGUCCCUGCAAGCCGUGUUCUCGCAAUCUUUAAGAAAGGAAAGAUCCCCUGCGGUCAAAUAUGAAAGACAGGCGCCCAGCGAUCCCGGAGCAUCAGAGAAUACGGCGCUUCUAUCAGAGUUUACACGUAAUAUUAUGUCACCAAUUGCGACGCUCUUGGUUGGGCCAAAGCCAGAUGUAUUUCAUGUUUACGAAAGAAUUGUGUGUCGCCUUCCGUUCUUCACUGCCGCUUUAAACGGUCAGUUUCGCGAGGCCUCUCACAAACGGAUUUUAAUGCCCGAAGACGAUCCAUCUUCCAUCGCUGCGCUUGUCGAGUUCCUAUAUACUGGGCACUAUACGUACCCGUAUAUCUCCGAGGACCAAUCUUCCAGUCCAGACGUCUCCGAGGAUGAAUCUUUUAGUUUAGACGUCCCUCUUGUCGACAGUGCUGAGGGAAUAUUUCAUAUUGGUGUUUAUGUUGUGGCAUCAAAAUACGACUGCCAGGAGCUAUCAAAGGCAGCCAUUGUUUCAGUGGCAAAUGUUCUGGAUGGGCUGAAAGGUAUCGAGAGUGUGAGGCUUUGGAAAGAAGCUUACCAGAGCGGACUUAAUCUUGGGCAUGUGAAGGACUUUCCGGAACUUAACUCCAAAAUGGUAGGUAUGCUGAAAGAGGUGUAUGCGGAGCACCAAGAAGAGAUGGCCAUGACUGUUAAAGAUAUUCCGGAACUGGGAAAUGACCUGUUGAAACUUAUGGUGGAGCAUGCUACGUUUUAG